GUGUUAAACAUGGCGGCGCAAAAGUCGGUGCCGAGCGAUCUUUAUAAAUCUGUCUACUCCUUCCUGCUGGAGAACAAGUUCACCAAGGCGGCGCAGGAGUUUAUCAAACAGACUAAAGUGAACCCACAGGAUCAAAAUGAAGAAAGUCUUGUCAACAUCUUCAACUUCUGGGUGAAGUCUCCUGAAGCUAAGAAACGAAAAGCACCUGCUGCCCAAGCAAUUAACGGCCCAUCAGCCAAGAAGGCAAAAACCAGUGCAGAGAGCUCCAGCAGCGAAGAGUCGAGCAGCGAGGAUGAAGAAGCUGUCGCAAAACCAACAAAGGCAGCCCCUGCAGCCAAGGUGGUUCCUGCUAAAUCAGCAGCAGCUGCUAAAGCUGAAUCCAGCAGCAGUGAAGACUCAAGUGACUCUGAGGAGGAGAAGAAGACGCCUGCAAAGGCUCCUGCAAAGGCUCCUGUAAAGCCUGCUGCUGCUGCAGGCAGCGCAAGGAAGAAAGACAGCAGCUCGAGCAGUGAAGAGUCUGACUCUGAGGAUGAGAAAGCAGCCAAAGCCCCUGCAACCAAACCCAAGGCAGCUGCUGUCGCUGCACCAAAAGCUGCUGUUGCUGCUAAAGGUGGAGCUCAGAAGAAGCAAGAGAGCAGCAGUGAAGACAGUUCCUCUGAUUCUGAAGACGAAAAACCAGCCAAGACGCCAGUCAAACCUGCCCAAGUGAAGGCUGCCACUCCUGCUGCUGCUGCCGAAUCAAGCAGUGAAGACUCUUCAUCUGAAGAUGAGGCUCCACCGAGCAAAAAACCAAAAGCAGGAGCUUACAGUGCAGUCCCACCUCCUGCUUCAGUUCAGAAAGCUCCAGCUGCAUCAGCAGCCAGCAAGGCCAAAGACAGUGACUCCUCAGACAGCAGUGAUGACAGCAGUGAUGAAGAAGAGAAAAAAGCUGCUAAACCUGCACCGGUAAAGAAGGCCACUCCCGCCAAACCUGCCGUACCCAAACCUGCUGCAAAGAAACAGGAGUCCAGCUCUGAUAGCUCAGAUUCAAGCUCAGAUGAAGAGGAGGUGAAAAAACCUGCUGUGAAGGUGACUCCAGCUAAGGCUACUCCAGCUAAAGUCACACCUGCUAAGAAGACCCCAGCUAAAAAAGAUGACUCUUCUAGCUCAGAUUCAGAUAGCAGCUCAGAAGAUGAAGCUCCGGCAAAACCUGCCACUAAAGCUGCAGUUCCAACAAAGCCUGCUGCUGCUAAACCUCCUGCCAAGACAGCAGAGAGCAGCUCUGAUUCCGAAUCUUCUUCUGAAGACGAAGCACCAGUAAAGGCUAAGCCAGCAGCAGCUAAACCUUCUACCCCGGCUUCAAAGCCUGCUACUCCUGCCGCAAAGGCUGCAGCUGCAGCAGAGACCAGCUCUGACUCCUCCUCUGAAGACGAAGCACCAGUCAAGGCUAAACCUGCAGCAGCUAAACCUUCUACCCCGGCUUCAAAGCCCGCUACUCCUGCCGCAAAGGCUGCAGCAGAGACCAGUUCUGACGACUCCUCUGAAGACGAAGCACCAGUUAAGGCUAAACCUUCUACCCCGGCUUCAAAGCCUGCUACUCCUGCAGCAAAGGCUGCUGCUGCAGCAGCAGAGACCAGCUCUGACUCUUCCUCUGAAGACGAAGCACCAGUCAAGGCUAAACCUGCAGCAGCUAAACCAGCUACCCCGGCUUCAAAGCCUGCUACUCCUGCAGCAAAGGCUGCUGCAGCAGAGAGCAGCUCUGACUCUGAGUCUUCCUCUGAAGACGAAGCACCAGUCAAGGCUAAACCUGCAGCAGCUAAACCAGCUACCCCGGCUUCAAAGCCUGCUACUCCUGCAGCAAAGGCUGCUGCAGCAGCAGAGAGCAGCUCUGACUCUGACUCUUCCUCUGAAGACGAAGCACCAGUCAAGGCUAAACCUGCAGCAGCUAAACCAGCUACCCCGGCUUCAAAGCCUGCUACUCCUGCAGCAAAGGCUGCAGCAGAAAGCAGCUCUGACUCUGACAGCUCAGACUCUGAGGAAGAGGCAGCCAAACCUGCAGUGAAAAAACAAGCUCCAGCUGCCAAGAAACCUGCUGCUAGUGCCACCAAGGCUCCUGCAGACACCAGUGACGACAGCUCUAGCGAUGAGGAGGAAGCCAAGAAGGCAGCACCGGCACCGAAGCCUGCAGCCACAAAGGCAGCUUCAGCUCCCAAAAAGAAGACUGAGGAGAGCAGCUCUGACUCCUCGGAUAGCUCAGAUUCUGAGGCAGAGACAAAGAAAACCCCUGCAAAGGCUGCCGUCAUCCCCAACGGCAAGGCAGCAACACCCAAGGCAGCCAAGGCUCCAGCAAAACCAGCGGAGUCCUCGUCCAGUGACAGCAGCUCUGAAGAAGAGGACAGUAAAAGUACUGUGAAACCUACUACACCAGCUGCCUCCACCAAGACAACCCCAGCAGCUAAAGCCAAGGAGAGCAGCAGCAGCUCAUCAGACAGUUCAUCAGAUGAGGACGAAGCACCACGUAAAGCAGCCACAGCACCCACCACCCCCACAACAAAUGGCACCAAUGGAAAGCGAAAAAAGGAUGAAGAUUCAUCAGAAAGUGAAGAGGACGAGACAGAUGUCAAGACACCAACAAACAAGAAAAAGGCGACCACACCACAGACGUUUCCUAAAGCCAACAAGUCUUCCAACGUACCUUUCCGGAGAAUAAGAGAGGAGGAAGUAGCCGUGGAUCCCCGUCUUGCAGACAAUUCUUUUGAUGCGAAGUAUGGAGCCGAAGGGGACUGGGGCCAGAAAGCCAACGAUGUACUAAGGUUCACUAAAGGCAAAUCAUUUCGCCACGAAAAGACAAAGAAGAAGAGGGGAAGCUACCGUGGUGGAGCGAUCUCCACCACAAUCAACUCUAUCAAGUUUGACAGUGAUUGAGGACCUAGUAACUGUCCCACCUGAACUGUUCUCUACUUGUGUGAUCAGGACUACCAGUUGUCUGCUUCAUCCCCCCCGUAAACAGUCCUCCUACCAUCACCACCCUGUAGCAGCAGUACACUGACAGAAGAAUGUGACCUGUAGAGCUGAGCUGGCACUUACAUGCAGCUAUUUGCCCUUAGUUUGUAAUGGAGACCAUUCGUUUAAUCUGUGAUCUGACAGCAACAGUUGAGUGGAGCUAUGGCAGCAGGAGAAAGAAGUUCCCAGCUGUGACUUUGACAUCCAUGUGUCAUUGUUACUUAUAGCCACUAGGUGGCUGAAGGCCACCAGUUAAUGGUAAAUAGCCAAUUUAUAUGUUGAGCCCCUUUUUAUUUUUGUUUGUUUUUGACUUAAACCUUUUUCUUAAGAGCCAAAUGGCAUUUCUUUGUAACAAAUGUUCCAUUCUCAUUUAUUUUGAAAGACAGCCAUCCAUCCUAACAGGUCCUUUAUUAUAUGUUAAGAAAAGGCUGAAACCGAUUUUUAACGGAUCACAUGGAUUCUUGAUGUUUCUUUGGUUGCAUGUUCAUUUUUCUUUAGCCAUCUUUAAAUGUGGAAACUGGAGAGUACUGUACCUGGGUUUUUUCCUUUUAACAUUACAACACAACAACAUGGGUGUUCAGCGAAUAAGACGUUUUAUGCUGUGUAUUUAUUAUGUUUUAUUCCAUGUCAACAUUUAGGACCUCAGAUUUUUUUGUCCAUGCUAUUUACAAGCCAUCUUGCUUUGAAUGUUAGGAUGCUCCUGUAAACCUCUCUGUUGUGUUGAUCAUUGGUAUGUACUCUGUUAUUCAACAACAUAAUCAGGAGCCAUGUUGUUUCAGUUACUAUGAAUUUUUGCAUAAUGCUUUAAUUUUUUUAGGAUCAACUCUUGUACUGUAAGUGUAAUUAAAGACCUGACUAAUUAAAUGUUGGUGUGAUUGGUAUC